AUGUCCAGCUACCAGAACGGCACAAAUGGCCACUCGGCCAGCAAUGGCGUCAAUGGCAAGGCGGCCAAGAGCCAGACCGUCAUCGGCCCUGACCCCAACGCUGAGAGGACGGCUAGCAUGGCCAAGCCCAGGCCUACCUCAAUGAAGCUCCCCUUUACCGGCGCCAGCAGACAAGGAGUAGAGAAUGCGUUCGAGAGACACAGGCAGACCAUCCAGUCCGCUGUCCAGCCUCUGCCUACCCAGCAAGGCGCGGGCACCUUCAGCGAGAACAAGAAGUGGGGCAAGCUCAGCAGUGACUUGAUGACCCUUCGAUGGGCAGACUUCAAGACCCUGAAGCACAUGGUCGUGGCCAAGAUUAAGGGCGAGAAGAUCACAGAUGACAAGACCAUGAUCAUGGAGAAGGUCAUCCAGAUGGUCUCUAACCUCCCCAGCAACUCCAAGCUACGAGUGGAGUUGACCAACGCCUUCUUGGGUGAGCUGUGGUACACACUCGAGCAUCCCCCUUCGAUAUACGUUGGUGAGGAGUACCAGUACAGGAAGGCCGAUGGUUCUUGCAACAACAUCAUGUUUCCCCAGCUCGGUGCUGCCGGCAACACCUACGCGCGGUCCGUGAGGCCGAACGUCAUUAGGCAGGGCGCUCUUCCCGACCCUGAACUCAUCUUCGAUUCGGUCAUGAAGCGCACCGAGUACAAGUCGCACCCCAACAACGUGUCCAGCAUCCUCUGGUACUGGGCUAGCAUCAUCAUCCACGAUCUGUUCUGGACCGACUACCGCGACAUGAGCAAGUCCAAGACGUCUUCCUACCUCGACCUUUCUCCCCUCUAUGGCAGCAACCAGGAGAUGCAAGACACCAUCCGUACCUUCAAGGACGGUAAGCUCAAGGUCGAUUGCUACGCCGACAAGCGUUUGCUGGGCAUGCCUCCCGGCGUCAGCGUCCUGCUCAUCUUCUUCAACCGUUUCCACAACUACACCUGCGACAACCUGAUUGCCAUCAACGAGGACGGCCGGUUCAACAAGCCGUCGCCCAAGCUCGAGGGCGAGAAGGCGGAGGCGGCGUGGAAGAAGUACGACAAUGACCUGUUCCAGACCGCCAGGCUGAUCACGUCCGGCCUGUACAUCAACAUCACCCUGCUCGACUACGUCCGCAACAUUGUCAACCUCAACCGUGUCGACACUACUUGGACACUGGAUCCCCGUGCCGACACCGGCAUUGACGUUGGCACCAAGGAGGGUGCGGAGCGCGGUACCGGUAACGUGGUGUCCGCCGAGUUCAACCUUUGCUACCGCUGGCACUCGUGCAUUUCUGCCAAGGACGAGGCCUGGAUCGAGGAGUUCUACUAUGAGCUCUUCGGCAAGCCCGGCAGCGACGUUAACUUCCACGAGCUGAUCAUGGGCUUCUCCAAGUUCGAGGGUAGGAUUCCUGCGGACCCGGCAGACCGGCCCAUUCCCAAGCGCAAGGGCAACUUCACCCGAGACGCCAACGGCAAGAUCGACGAUGAUGAGCUCGCCGAGUGCAUUGCCGAGGCCAUCGAAGAUCCGGCCGGUUCGUUCGGCGCUAAAAACGUCCCCCCUUCCAUGAGGGCCGUCGAGAUCCUCGGCAUCAUCCAAGGCCGCAAGUGGAACCUUGCCGGCCUGAACGAGUUCCGCAAGCACUUCGGCCUCAAGCCCUACGAGACCUUCGAGGACAUCAACUCGGACCCCGGCGUGUCCGAGGCUCUCCGCCGGCUGUACGACCACCCCGACUUCGUCGAGCUCUACCCCGGCAUCGUCGCCGAAGAGCACAAGUCGCCCAUGGUUCCCGGCGUGGGCAUCGCGCCGACCUACACCAUCUCGCGCGUGGUGCUGUCGGACGCCGUCUGCCUCGUCCGCGGCGACCGCCACCACACCGUCGACUACAACCCGCGCAACCUGACGAACUGGGGCUACAACGAGGUGCAGUACGACCUGAACGUCAACCACGGGUGCGUCUUCUACAAGCUCUUUUUGCGCGCCCUGCCCAACCACUUCAAGGAGAACUCCGUGUAUGCCCACUACCCCAUGGUCACCCCCGCCGAGAACGAGAAGAUCCUCAAGGACCUCAAGCGCGACCACCUCUUCGACUGGAGCCGGCCCGGCCGCCAGGCCAAGCCGCACCAGGUGACCACGUACGCGGGCGCCAAGCACGUGCUCGACAACGAGAAGGAGGGCGCGUACAAGUCGUCCUGGCACGCCGGUCUCGAGUCCAUCCUCGGCCAUCCCCUAAACAACAACCCCGACGCCCACGACAGCCAGCGCCGCGACAUCCACGAGCAGCUGUACAGCGCCGAGUGGGCGAGCCAAGUCAAGGCCUUUUUCCAACAAACAACCGACGCCCUCCUGGCCGGCGAGAGCUACAACGUCGGCGGCCACCUGCUCGUCGACCUAGUCCGCGACGUCGGCAACAUUGUGCCCACGCUGUUCGCCGCCACGGUAUUCGACAUUUCCCUCCAGGGCAAGAACAACGCCAAGGGCUUGUACACCCCUCACGAGCUGUACGCCGUGCUAGCCGUCAUCUUCGCCGCCAUCUUCUACGACCACGACCCCGUCAAGACGUACCAGCUGCGCGACGCGGCCCGCACGGUGGCCACGCAGCUCGGCGGCGCGUUGGAGGCCGGCGUCAAGAGCCAGACUUCCUUCUUUGGCUCUCUGCUGGGUGGUAGCGGCAACGAUAACCCGCUGACUGCCUACGGCAGCGACCUCGUCAAGCGGUUGUCCAAGGCCGGACUGAGCGCGUCUGAUGUCGCCUUCGGCCAGGUCUUGCCCAUUGUUGCGUCGAGCGUGCCGAGCAUCGCGGAGGGGUUCGCGAGCGCUGUGGACUUUUAUCUCGGCGAGGCGGGUCAGCCGCAUUUGGCUGCUAUCCAGGAGCUGGCGAGGCAGCCGGCCAGUGCGGAGGCGGAUGCGCAGUUGCUUGGGUAUGUUCUGGAGGGGAUUCGGUUGUCGGGUAACACGCUGGGAGCGUUCAGGCAGGCGAGUGCCGUGGAUGCGAUCAAGGAGGAGGAUGGUGGCGAGGUGAGGGUGCAACCUGGUGAUAGGGUUUUUGUUAGUGUUAAAUCCGCUGCCCAAUCACCAACCACCUUUCCCAGCCCCGAGGACAUCAACCCGUCCCGCCCGCUGGACGCCUACAAGAUCUUCUUCUUCGGCACGCACUCGUACCUUGGCCACGAGGUCAGCCAGAUCGCGUUGACGGAGAUGUUCCGCAGCUUGUUCAAGCGGAGCAACGUCCGUCGGGCUCCCGGGCCGCAGGGCCAGCUGAAGAAGAUUACGAGGGAGUUGAACGAGGAGCUUAGCCAGACUUUCUACCUCAGGGAGGACUGGGGCGCUGUGACGCCGUUCCCGGUGACGAUGAAGGUUACUUGGGAUGAGUAG